CUGUGAAAAGGGAUGCAAGAUGGCACUGCUUGACUAUGAAGGGUCAUUCAUUAAAAAUGACUGCUGUAUGCUAUUUCCUGGAUCUGGCCAUCCCAAACAUCUCACAGCACAAUGAAUCCUGAACACAAAGAAAACCAUCCCUGAACCUGUUGAACUUAACAGCAAAGUAAGUCAAUGUGUUAGAAGGAUCAAACAUGAUCACCUUCAACCUUUUAGCUAAUAUUUUCUCCUUCCAUCCUUCAGAACAGUUCCAGUUUAUCUCUCAGAGGCACAGAGGUUACCCCUUCAGUGCUACCUUGUACGUUAAUGGCAUCAUGGUGACCAGAAUCAGUUCCUGCUGCGAAUACCGCUACACUCCGGGCUUCCAGCAGGGCAAGAAGAGCUGCUUUAGGUUGACUUGGCUGGCUGGUGGGAUUCCCUGUUACAGAUGUACAAGUCUCCGAAACAAAUACAGCUCCUGCCAACAGCUGAACAGCGGCACAAAGGAGAACUUAAUUCUCCCUCUCGAGCAGAGCCCUGGCAAUGGCAUGGAGUCAUGUCCAUCAUCCCCUCUGUUUAUUCCUGCCAAACCACAAAAUAAAUCAGUGAGGAGGACAAGAAGACACACCAGGGAAGGUGGAAGAAGAUCCACAGACAGUGAAGAUCCCAGUGUUGCUGGGAUUAAAGAGACCUCCAAGAAGAAACGACGCAAUGGUCAAACUAAUCAGAAAGAGAGCAAAGGCAAGACAGCUGGAAAUACGAGGGAAGAAGGGCAAGACAGCAAAGACUUGGAGGUCUCGCUAAGGUCAACAGUGGCUAAAAAAUGUGAAGACAAAGCAUCAUCUGAGAGACAAGAGCAGAAAGCCACCAGCAAUGCUACAGUGCCAGAAACAGAGCAACCUCGAUCAAACAAGACAAGCAAAGUUCUCGAUUCAUUGCAGGAUGAGGAAGCUCUGACUAAGCAGAAUGGAGAGAAACAGAAAGACCUGGGAUCAAAUGGGAAAAACAGAGGUGGGGAAAGACUGAAAGACUUCUAUGAAGAAUGUGUGGAAAUGAGCGCUGCUUUGGAGCAAGGCCCAAACAAACACAACUGGUUCAAGGCAAACAUCCUGGAGAGGUGCCGGCUCCAGAAGAGACUAUCAUUGUGUCCCAGAGCACCAGACUCAGAUGUGGAGCAGAGUGCAGAAAGUGACACGGUCCCACAGCCUGAUGGAGGGCCAGAGGACGAAGAGGACACGGCCAGACAGACUGCUGGCAAACAGGAGCCUGUUAAAGAACAAGACCUGCAGGCACAGCUUGAUGCCAUGAUGACAGUGCUGAGUACAUCUGAUGAGGUGGAGCAGCUGGUUCUGAGGAACACGGACCUGACAGACGACCUUCUGCUGAGCUUGGCGGGGGCCCUCAAGAGCAGCCUGUCUGAGGUCACGCUUCUCAACCUCAACCUCAAUCUCAUUGGCCCAUAUGGUGCUCACAUCCUGCUGGACGUGCUGAGAGUGAAGCCUCAGGUCAAAGGCUUACACUUGUUUGGAAACAAACUGCGUGAUCAUGGAGUGCUGACCCUGUUGAAUGGAAUAGCUGAGCUGCAGGAGCAAACAGCGAGAGCUGCUGCUGCCGUCCAACAGGCAAUGCUUUUCUCAUCAGAGCAGAAUGUGGUUGUGCAGCUCCCCACCGGAUGGAGCUCUUUCAGGGUUUUUGCACUUUUGGAGUUGGAUAUUGGGGGAAAUGGCUUGAGUAGCAAUGGGGUAAAGGUAUUAGCAUCAUAUAUGAGGGGCCACUCGCAUCUUCAGUACUUAGGGCUGGCACAGACCAGCGGUGCUGAUCUGGUGGCAUGGAAAGAACUUUUCGACAGCCUCAAAGGAAACAGUACACUGACUCAGAUCAUCCUGGAUGAGAACAACUUGGGAGACCCGGGGGUCAGGCUGUUAGCCGACAUGCUGAAAGAGAACACAGGUCUGCGACAGGUGGAUCUGGACAGGAAUGGCAUCAGCGACGUGGGAGGAAACGACAUCAUGGGGGCAUUGCUAUGCAGGACGCAGUUCCCUCUGAGGCAUCUGAGCAUUGAAGAGAACAACAUCAGUGCAGGGCUAAUGAGUAGGAUACAGGAAGAGGUAAAAUGUAAGUGAUUCAUGAAGGAGUGGGAGAAUCCAUUUCCAAACCAAGCGAACCUAUGUAAUAAACAUAGCACUGACUUGAAAGCUUCUUUGUUUAUAUUUUGAGGUCAGAGAAGGAAAAACCUGACUCAUUU